CACUGGGACAGUCAUGACUCAAGUGAGACGGAGGUAUGUUCCGAAAUCGGACUACGAUGAGCGGUUGCCGUUCGGGGGAAAAGUGGUACUCGCGAAGAAAAAGAAACCCCAAAGCUGGAUUGUCACAUUUCUGGAGUUCGCAUCCCUCUCAUCUGUAGUGGCUCUGUUAUAUUAUUCUUAUUUCCAUUUUGAUCAUCUACAUUUCCAUGUCACUCACCUAUACGCAAAAAUGGGACAUGCACAUGCGCAGCAUGCCAUGGGACACAAGUACCUCAAUGGAGCUGGUGUAAAAAGAAAUCACACGGCUGCAUUUCAAUGGUUCAGGAAAGCUGCAGAUCAAGGUCAUCCUCACUCAGCUUAUAAUUUAGCUGUGGGGCAUAUGCAAGGUUAUGACACAGAUGUUAAAAAAGGGGAAGCUCACGAUCUUAUUAAGUAUGCCCUUGAUCAAGGGGUGGAGGAGGCUCAUGAUGUUUACCAUCGAGUGUGCACAAAAGGACAUUGUGUACAUUAGUAGUUCUUUGGUAAAUCUUCAUACUGUGUAUCAAAAAUUGGUCAACAAUGCGGAAGCGAUAUUACGGCAUGGAAAAUUCAUGUUACAAAUUUAUAUGUAAUACCUGUAU